UUGCUGAAAUGUGCUAUACAAAUAAAGCUGCCUUGCCUUGCCUUGCCUUUGAUAAUUUGCCAAUAAUUGAAUCUGUACUCAUACCAAUUCCCAAAAAUCAUCUCUGUCUUUAUUUAAAUCUCUGAGAGAUCAAGGACAGGCCCUCAUUUACAAUGAUACCAAGUUCAAAGAAAUAAAAAUCAGAUAAAGAAAUCGGUAAAUCAGUUGUUAACAGCGAUGAUCAAGCAGAAACAUUUGAAGCCACUGUUGUGUAGAGUCACAAUUUGAAUAUAUCAACAAUAACUUCAAGUAGCACACCAUGGAAAUACUUCUGGAAAGUACAAGUAGCUGAUAACUGUAGUAAAUGUUGGCCACAUUGGAAUAGAGUUAAAAAAUGUCUGCUACCAGUCUGGCUCCUCUGGUUUAAAUGAACCAGAACGACUGAUGCUUUUUAUCUCUAACACGUGAACAAUAUUAAACCUUCCUACUGUUAAUUCCUGUCUUCUUUUGUAAAAUAAAGCCAAUAACAGUGUUGUUACUGUGAGUGUUGCUGUUGUGAGUAAGGAGGGGCUUUAUUUGUUCUUAGGGUUGUUCCAGUGUAUCAGAGUCGCAGUAGGGCGGCUGUGUGUUAAUCUUUAACAUAUAAAGUCAUGCAGUAGCUGAUCUGAACUGCUGCAUGUUCAGACUGGUUCAUUACAGUGUUUGAGUGUGACAGCAGACACAGAGGACUGAUGAAGAAGUAGAGGACUGAGUCCUGACGGAGCACAUCGUCCCACUCAGAUCAACAGAAAACUCUUCUACACAGACCUGGUUCAGACAGCACAGAGCUGCAGAGUGAUACAACUCAUGAGAAGUGGCUGCAGGUUACCACCAACAUGGAAAGUGUUGACAAAAAUGAAGAAAAGUCUGCAGUACCCAGCUGUGUAUCCAUGAAGAGUGAUUGGUCUAAGGGUGGUUUAAUUAACUUCAAAGAUGGAAGUCCUUCUUUUGACCCUGUUGUUGAGAAAAAGGAAGGAAAGUCUGCAGUACCCAGCUGUGUGUCCAUGAAGAGUGAUCAGUCUAAGGAUGGUUACAUUGACUUUAAAGAUGGACAUCCUUCUUUUGACCCAGUAGUGGACCAGGAGAGCUCAGAGGUUGCCAGUGGUCAGUCUGCCCAGCGGCACCAAACACACUUGGACACCAUAUUUAUGCUGCUGGAGGACGACAUCGUCACUUUUGUGAAGAACGAGCUGAAGAAGGUCCAGAAGGUUCUGAGUCCAGAUUACCCAGAAUGCUUAGAGAAUCAGAGGGAGGAUGAGGACAUUUUGGAUGGUGAGGAUGAAGAGCAGAGGAGAAGCAGCAGAGAGGCAUUUCUGAAGAUCACACUGCACUUCCUGAGGAGAAGAAAGCAGGAGGAGCUGGCUGACCGUCUGCAGAGCAAAACUGGUGCUGCAGUGUGCCAACGUAAAGUAAAAUCUAACCUGCAGAAGAAGGUCCAGUGUGUGUUUGAGGGGAUUGCUAAAGCAGGAAACCCAACUCUUCUGAAUCAGAUGUUCACAGAGAUCUACAUCAUGGAGGGAGGGACUGCAGAGGUCAAUGAUGAACAUGAGGUCAGACAGAUUGAAACAGCAUCCAGGAAACCAUACAGACCAGAAACAACAAUCAGACAAGAAGACAUCUUUAAAACCCCACCUGGAAGAGAUGAAGAAAUCAGAACAGUUAUGACAAAGGGAGUGGCUGGCAUCGGGAAAACAGUCUUAACACAGAAGUUCACUCUGGAUUGGGCUGAAGGCAAAGCAAACCAGGACAUCCAGUUCACAUUUCCAUUCACCUUCAGAGAGCUGAAUGUGCUGAAAGAGAAAAAGUACAGCUUGGUGGAACUUGUUCAUCACUUCUUUAGUGAAACCAAAGAAGCAGGAAUCUGCAGGUUUGAAGAGUUCCCGGUCGUCUUCAUCUUUGACGGUCUGGAUGAGUGUCGACUUCCUCUGGACUUCCUCAACACCAAGAUCCUGACUGAUGUUACAGAGUCCACCUCAGUGGGUGUGCUGCUGACAAACCUCAUCAAGGGGAAACUGCUUCCCUCUGCUCGCCUCUGGAUAACCACACGACCUGCAGCAGCCAGUCAGAUCCCUCCUCAGUGUGUUGACAUGGUAACAGAGGUCAGAGGGUUCACUGACCCACAGAAGGAGGAGUACUUCAGGAAGAGAUUCAGAGAUGAGGAGCAGGCCAGCAGAAUCAUCUCCCACAUCAAGACAUCACGAAGCCUCCACAUCAUGUGUCACAUCCCAAUCUUCUGCUGGAUCACUGCUACAGUUCUGGAGGACAUAUUGAAGACCAGAGAGGGAGGAGAGCUGCCCAAGACCCUGACUGAGAUGUACAUCCAUUUCCUGGUGGUUCAGUCCAAAGUGAAAAACAUCAAGUAUGAUGAAGGAGCUGAGACAGAUCCACAUUGGAGUCCAGAGAGCAGGAAGAUGAUUGAGUCUCUGGGAAAACUGGCUUUUGAGCAGCUGCAGAAAGGCAACCUGAUCUUCUAUGAAUCAGACCUGACAGAGUGUGGCAUCGAUAUCACAGCAGCCUCAGUGUACUCAGGAUUGUUCACACAGAUCUUUAAAGAGGAGAGAGGACUGUAUCAGGACAAGGUGUUCUGCUUUGUCCAUCUGAGUGUUCAGGAGUUUCUGGCUGCUCUUCAUUGAGGCUUCGCAUUUCUGUGCCAUCUUUCCAAAAAAAAGAGACUUCUCUCAUCUUUCAUCGAGCGCAAUUUUGACAUAUAUUUGUCACACACAAGUUUUAAUGAAAUGUUUUGUCUACUGAGUAGUGCUGUGGACAAGGCCUUACAGAGUCCAAAUGGACACCUGGACUUGUUCCUGCGCUUCCUCCUGGGUCUUUCACUGCAGACCAAUCAGACUCUCCUGCGAGGCCUGCUGACACAGACAGGAAGUAACUCACAGACCAAUCAGAAAACAGUCCAGUACAUCAAAAAGAAGAUCAGUGAGAAUCUGUCUGUGGAGAGAAGCAUCAAUCUCUUCCACUGUCUGAAUGAACUGAAUGAUCGUUCUCUAGUGGAGGAGAUCCAACAGUCCCUGAGUUCAGGAAGUCUCUACAUUUAUAACCUGUCUCCUGCUCACUGGUCAGCUCUGGUCUUCAUCUUACUGUCAUCAGAAGAAAAUCUGGACGUCUUUGACCUGAAGAAAUACUCUGCUUCAGAGGAGGCUCUCCUGAGGUUCCUGCCAGUGGUCAAAGCCUCCAACAAAGCUCUGCUGAAUGACUGUAACCUGUCAGAGAGAAGCUGUGAAGCUCUGUCCUCAGUUCUCAGCUCCCAGUCCUCUAGUCUGAGAGAGCUGGACCUGAGUAACAACAACCUGCAGGAUUCAGGAGCGAAGCUGGUUUCUGCUGGACUGAAGAGUCCACACUGCAGACUGGAAACUCUCAGGCUGAGUGGCUGUAACCUAUCAGAGAGAAGCUGUGAAGCUCUGUCCUCAGUUCUCAGCUCCCAGUCCUCUAGUCUGAGAGAGCUGGACCUGAGUAACAACGACCUGCAGGAUUCAGGAGUGAAGCUGGUUUCUGCUGGACUGAAGAGUCCACCCUGCAGACUGGAAACUCUCAGGCUGAGUGGCUGUAACUUAUCAGAGAGAAGCUGUGAAGCUCUGUCCUCAGUUCUCAGCUCCCAGUCCUCUAGUCUGAGAGAGCUGGACCUGAGUAACAACGACCUGCAGGAUGAAGGGGUGAAGCUGGGGUCUGCAGGACUGAAGAGUCAACACUGCAGACUGGAAACUCUCAGUCUGUCAGGCUGUCUGAUCUCAGAGGAAGGCUACACUUCUCUGGCCUCAGCUCUGAGCUUCAACCCCUCCCAUCUGAGAGUGCUGGACCUGAGCUACAAUGAUCCAGGAGACUCAGGAGUGAAGCUGCUGUCGGCUGGACUUAAGGAUCCAAACUGGAGACUGGACACUCUCAGGGUGGACCAUGGUGGAUCGCAGAGACUGAGACCUGGUCUGAGGAAGUAUGUCUGUGAAGUGGAAGUGGACACAAACACAGUAAACAGAAAACUUAAACUGUCUGACAACAACAAGAAGGUGACAGGUGUGGAGGAGGAUCAGUCAUAUCCUGAUCAUCCAGAGAGGUUUGACUGCUGUCCUCAGCUGCUGUGUAAAGAUGGUCUGACUGGUCGCUGUUACUGGGAGGUCGAGAGGAGAGGAGAAGUUGAUAUAUCAGUGAGUUACAGAAGAAUCAGAAGGAGAGGAGACAUUGAAGACUGUUUGUUUGGAGAAAAUGAUCAGUCCUGGAGUCUGAGCUGCUCUGAUGAUGGUUACUCUGUCUGGCACAAUUACAGAAGAAAAGACCUCCGUCUCACCGCCUCCUCUGUCUCUAACAGAGUAGCAGUGUAUGUGGACUGUCCUGCUGGCAGUCUGUCCUUCUACACAGUCUCCUCUGACUCACUGAUCCACCUCCACACCUUCAACACCACAUUCACUCAACCUCUUUAUCCUGGGUUUAGGGUCUGCCCUGGUUCCUCAGUGUCUCUGUGUCCUCUGCAGGACUGAGAGUCUCCUGUAGUCAGAAACUCUGCUGACUUAAGAUCAGCUGCUGAAAUCAAAGUUGACUCUGUUCACCAUCACACCCUGGGAUGUUUAUUAUUUCGUACUUUGUUGUGAAACUGUUAAAAGUCCAGUUAUGAACGACAUGGAUCAAAGAUGAUGUGAAGUUCUCGUGUUUGCCUUUUGAACAUCGGGCCACUUGCAAUUUUCGCAACCAAGAAAUAGUUUUUUCAAACAUUGCCUGUAUUCUGUAUUGCAACGCCAUCUUUCUCCUCCUGUUGUCUUUGGGGUCAAAUUUGACUCAUUUUCAAAAAGUGUCUAUAUCAGAAAUUCGGGUUUUCUUUCAACCAAAUUGUCUAAAAUGAACAUGGAUGGUUCUAUAAAAACAAUCUUCUCAAGUAAAAUGAAGGAUCAGUUCACUACUUUCAUUGAAUUUUGGGUAUUUUAUUCAAUUUCAUAGCAUGUUUCUGCUUUUUAAACUCAUAAAUUAGGCUGAAUUCCAAGAAUGAAAUGUAAAACUCGUGGUAUAAGUUGGUAGUAGUGGGAAAAGUGACAAUCACAACUCGUAAAAACAAGUUGUUUUUUUUAUUUUAUUUUUUUAAAGUGCGAACAUUUCUUUAGCCGGGAGGACAACACAAGGGUUAAAGCUACAAACAUGUCUGAUAAAACAUCGAAGACAUUUUAAAAAAUCAACA